GCUCUUCUUCUUCUUCCUGCUGCUAUUGCUGUUCUUCUUCCUCUUCCUUCUCCCUUUCCCUCUUAAUUUCUUAGUAAUUUCGUUACCAAAUCCUCCUCCUCCUCCUCAACCUACCAUUGAUUUUCCACCUUCUUCACUUCACUGCUCACUGAUUACGCCAACCAUGGUGUCGGCCAACAGAGAGAUGGUGGUGUACUGUUUCGAUACCCUUCUCGCUCACUACAACGGCGAGGAAGCCCCUCCCCCUGCUUUCGAUGGUGGUCAACACCCCUUGUUCGUUACCUGGAAAAAAGUGGUCAAUGGUGGUGAACCUCGUCUGCGAGGGUGCAUAGGAACUCUAGAAGCUCGCUGCUUGAUAAAUGGCUUCAAGGAUUAUGCUUUAAAUAGUGCAUUGAGGGACCGGAGGUUCCCCCCAAUACAGCCUAAAGAAUUACCACAUUUGGAGUGCACAGUUUCCAUUCUAGUUGAUUAUGAAAUAGCUAUAAAUUAUCUUGAUUGGGAGGUAGGUAAGCAUGGUAUUAUUAUUGAAUUUAAUGAUCCUGACUAUAAUACUAGACGAAGUGCUACGUAUCUGCCCGAGGUAGCUGCCCAUGAAGGUUGGACAAAAAUUGAGGCUAUCGACUCAUUGGUGCGGAAGGCAGGAUACAAUGGUGCAAUCACCGAGUCACUGCGUAAGCAUAUUCGAUUGACCCGGUACCAGAGCACCCUAUUCACCAUGCACUACGGUGAGUAUGUGUCCUAUGUUAAAACCACCCGGGGCACGACCCCUUGCGUUGUCGGGGCUAAAGCCUAACAACCAUUGAUUCUUCCAAACGGCUCUUGCUAAAAUCUGCAAGGCCUAAGUUUGGGUACUGAACUGAACUAAAACAAGAUAUAGGAUGCUUGAAUGAUUUGUGUUGUGUUCCAUCGCUAUCUUUUCAAUGCCAUUCAACAAGAAAAAAACUGAAAGAACCCAUGCUCUGUAAGACUUUCUUCAACCUUUCCAAGUUCUAAUUAUCAUAUUUCUAUAUAUAUCUAUCAUUUUCUC